CCGCUCCCCGAUCUCGCUGACAUCUGCAACGACAGACGCCUGCCAUGGUCACUUACGGAGGAGACGAGGUUUCGGCCCUCGUUCUGGAUGUCGGAUCAUCGUCCACCCGCGUUGGGUUCGCUGGCGAAGACACCCCCAAGGCGGUCUUUCCAACUGUCGUGGGAUCGAUUGCUGGAGAAGCCGGUGCAGCCGAUGCCCAGGGCGAUACGAUCAUGGGUGGUGGUGAUCGUGCCCCGGCAACAAAGAAGAGCAAGCGAUUCCUGGGCGAAACCGAAGUGUAUUGCUGGCGGGAGAACAUGGACAUCCGCAAGCCCGUGUCUCAGGGCCUUGUUCAGAACUGGGACGAGUAUGAGGCCGUCUGGGACUAUGUCUACUCUCGGAGGAUGAGAAUUAACCCCGCCGAGCACCCGCUCCUCCUCUCCGAGCCGGCCUGGAACCCGCGCGAAGAUCGAGAAAAGCUGAUGGAGCUGGCGUUCGAGACCUUCAAAGUGCCUGCUUUCUACUUGGCCAAGUCGCCUGUUCUGACAGCGUUCUCCUCUGGUCGAGCUACGACCCUGAUCAUCGACUCGGGAGCCACGGCCACAAGUGUUGUGCCGGUAUUCGAAGGCUAUGUUCUCAAACGAGGCAUCCAAUACCAGGCCCUUGCCGGAGACGCUGUCUCGAGCGAGAUUGCCCACUAUCUCUCCAGCUCCGGCAUCGACGUUGUACCGCAAUACAAAGUGCUCUCCAAAUCCCCCUCUGAUGCAGGCGUCCCGGCCAGCUUUGUGGAGCGCAAUCGCCCCAACUCGACCGAGAGCUUCCAUGCCUUGUCUGUUGAGCGAGUGAUCAACGAUUUCAAGGAGACUGUCUGCCAUGUUUCUGAAAGCGCUCGCUGGGACGACCGGGUCAUGUCCCUCCAACCCAAAAAGUCGUACGAGUUCCCCAAUGGCUACAACAACUACUUUGGCCUCGAGCGGUUCAAAGCCCCGGAGAUUCUGUUCAACCCCAAAGCGUCGCAGUCUGGCAAGGUGGAUGCAGGCCUACUGGGCAUCCAGCAGCUGGUGGAUCUGUCGAUCCAGGCAUGCGACGCCGAUUUGCGGCCCACGCUUUACUCGAACGCAGUGUCCACGGGCGGCACAAGUUCGCUCCCGGGAUUCAACGAGCGUCUCAGCGCCGAGCUCUCGGUGAAUGCCAAUAUGAUGCGGGUCAAGCUUCAUUCGCCCGGGAACAUGAUCGAGCGCAAGUUCAGUGCGUGGGUGGGAGGCUCGAUCUUGGCAUCGCUGGGCUCCUUCCACCAGAUGUGGGUCUCGAAGAAGGAGUACGAGGAGAUGGGCCCGUCGGUAGAGCAGCGUCUGAACUGACGAACAUGUAUCGAUUGAGUGCAAAAACACAAAGCGGGUACAUCUGGGCGAUGGCGUCGUUCAGAGGUGCCUGCCUGUUGCCUGAAUACACACCGUCGCUGCCAUGACCAUAUCAGCAGACGAGUCCAAGCAGCGGCCCAAGUGAUCCAUG